AUGGCAACGGAGGUGUUCUGCAAAGCGGGGGGCGGGGAGGACGCUGCACCGAAGAAGGAAACCCCUGAUGUCACAAAUGUGGCCAACCAACUGCCAAAGGCCUGUCCAAAUUCCAUGUUUCUUAACCGGUCCAUGCCUACCAAAGGUCUCCUGCUUGCCUCAAGACGCAGCUUGGUCAACUACUCAGAGGAAGACACCACCAAUAUCAUGAAACAGGUACCAGCGGAAGAUUCUGAAUACAGCUCAGACGACACAAGCCUGUCUCCCCUAUCGUUCACUCUGUUGAAUCCCAUCAAACUGGCUGUGACCCAACCCAACAGCAGCUUCUUUGCCGGGAUGCUGGAGGGUGAGCUGAACAAACUCAAUUUAUCAUUGAUGGCCAAAAAGACAGAAAAGGAGAAUCGGGCCAUCUGCUCCCACUCAUCUAAGUCCCAAAUGGCCACCAGGGGCCUGUUGGACCUUGACAACCCUGCAAUAGACACAGACACCUCCUCAACACGCUCUGAGUCUUCUGUGGUCAUGGAUGUGCCAGAGGCCCCCUUCAUCUGCGAACACACCGUUGGCGAUUCCACAGCUGUGAUUUCCUGGACUUAUGCUGUGGGCAAGCAGCAGGUCAGUUUUUACCAGGUGCUGCUGCAGGAGGCAACCAAACAAGGCAACAAGGAGACACCCAAGGUCAAGAACCGCCCGUGGAUCUUCAACAAGAUCCUGGGCACCACAAUCAAGCUGAUGGAGCUGAAGCCGAAUACAAUCUAUUGCCUUACUGUCCGAGCAGCCAACACAGCGGGGCUGGGGAAGUGGUGCAAGCCCUAUAAGUUUGCAACUCUGUCUACUGACUUCAGCAGCUUCCCCAAGAACAAUCCCAUCCAGGUUACUGUGCGGCGCAAACAGCCUCAGCGGAGAAUUGUAUCCAUGGCGAUGGAGGAGAUGCGGAGGCUGGAGGAUCUGGAAUACCUAUAUCCGUAUUAG